ACCCCCCUAAAGAAGACUAACGCUCUCAUUGCGCAAAUGGGAAUAACUUUCCUAAAUGCAUACGUUCCCAGUGCACUUUGCUGUCCCAGUCGAGCUAGCAUUUUAACAGGAAAGUAUCCACAUAAUCAUCAUGUUGUCAAUAACACUCUGGAAGGAAACUGUAGCAGCAAGCUAUGGCAGAAGAUUCAAGAACCCUACACCUUCCCAGCACUGCUCAAAACUAUGUGUGGUUAUCAAACGUUCUUUGCUGGGAAGUAUUUGAAUGAGUACGGAGCAGAGGAUGCAGGGGGAGUAGGUCAUGUCCCUCCUGGAUGGAGUUUUUGGUAUGCUUUGGAGAAAAAUUCAAAGUACUACAACUAUACUCUUUCAGUAAAUGGCAAAGCACGAAGGCAUGGUGAGAACUACAGUGUAGAUUAUCUGACAGAUGUACUGGCCAACAUGUCAUUGGACUUCUUGGAGUAUAAAUCUAAUUUUGAACCUUUCUUUAUGAUGAUCUCAACCCCAGCACCACACUCCCCUUGGACAGCUGCUCCACAGUAUGCAAAGAGCUUUCAGAAUGUCAGUGCACCAAGAAACAGCAAUUUUAAUAUUCAUGGAAAGAACAAGCACUGGUUAAUUCGACAAGCAAAGACUCCAAUGACUAACUCUUCAAUACAGUUUCUUGAUGAUGCUUAUAGAAGGAGGUGGCAAACUCUGCUGUCAGUAGAUGACCUAGUAGAGAAGCUAGUGAAGAAACUGGAACUGAAUGGAGAAUUAGAUAACACGUACAUCUUUUACACAUCAGACAAUGGCUAUCACACUGGACAAUUUUCUUUGCCAAUAGACAAACGGCAGCUGUAUGAGUUUGAUAUCAAAGUUCCAUUGCUAGUUCGAGGACCAGGGAUAAAACCAAAUCAGACAAACAAGAUGCUUGUUGCAAAUAUUGAUUUGGGUCCCACUAUUCUGGAUAUCGCGGGGUACGACUUGAAUAAGACCCAGAUGGAUGGGAUGUCACUAUUACCGCUGUUGAGAGGAGACAAAAAUGUGACAUGGAGAUCAGACUUCCUGGUGGAGUACCAAGGAGAAGGAUACAAUGGCAGUGAUCCUACCUGUCCUGGCCUAGGACCUGGAGUGACACACUGCUUCCCAGACUGUGUCUGUGAAGAUUCCUAUAACAACACAUAUGCUUGUGUGAGGACACUGUCAACUUCCUGGGAUCUACAGUACUGUGAAUUUGAUGACCGGGAGGUGUUUGUGGAAGUGUAUAACUUGACUGCAGAUCCACACCAGAUCAAUAACAUUGCUAAAACAAUUGAUCAAGAAAUUCUAGAAAAGAUGAAUUAUCGAUUAAUGAUGCUGCAGUCCUGUUCAGGAGCAACUUGCCGGACACCAGGUGUCUUCGAUCCUGGGUACAGGUUUGACCCACGGCUCAUGUUCAGCAAUCAUGGUGUUCGGGCUCGGAGGUUUUCUGCACAGUCCUUAUAAGGCAUUUAAGAGCCUCCUGCCAUCGCCUCCCACUGACCAGUUUCUCCAGUGACUGCAGCAGGUCUGUCUUGGUAACUCUCAUUGAUCACAGCUGGAAGACUUUUAAUGGGCUAUUCAAACCCUGUUUGGAAGAAAACCCCUUGUCUUUAGCUGGUUGCCUUGUGCAAUAUGUAUAUUUUACAGCUUGAACUGUAACUAAAUCAUUAGACACAGCUAAUCUGUCUUGCUCAGAUAGUUGAUUACCAUCUUUGUCUUUCAAGUACCUUUUCUUAUCACAGGCACAGAGGUGAACCUAUGCCUAUGAAUCUGAACAGUUUAUUUUGUUCUAAAAAUCAAUAAAUGCAUAUUUGAGUCAGGUUAGAUAGGCAGGUGCUAUUGCACAGUAAUGCUCACCCAUAUUCAGUGUCAUAGACUUUUCUUAAAAGUUAUGUUUAAUUACAGGUUUCCUGUAUCUAGCUCAAAGCUGUUAAUGACAAUAGCAAGCUAGCCCAAAGUAGCGUAGGAAGGCAUUAGUCAAAACUGUAGGAUCUGACUAGCAAGUGUCUUGGGCAGAAUUAAAAUCCAUAUGCUAAAUAUUCUCUUUCAAUAAGACCACUUCAGAUGAGACCAAUGAAUUUUGUAGGACAGCUUUGGUAGCUUCCAAACAAGAACGUAAUUUCAACUUCUAGUUUGUAAUGCUGGAAUGGGUUACUACGUACUACUGAGAAAACUCUUAGGGUUUAGUAUAGACUUCCUAGUGAGUUAAACAAGAGAGUGUUGAGACUAACUUAAAGUUUUCAAAUAAGCGUGC